CUCACUAAAAAGCUCGUAUAGACAAGCAAUUUUCUCUCCUUAGCCCUCUCUCUAUACGCAAGGGAAAGACUUUGGCUUUCUCAUUCGUCUUGGCCUCUUCCCCCUCUCUCUCCCUCUCUCUCUAAGCCCCCACGAAUUCAAGUUUGUUCAAGAAGGCUUGGCUCUCCUGAACUAGGUUUCUUCUCUCACGUGGGCUUUCACCCUUUGGAGCUUUUACAUGGAGGUGUUUCUUAAUCUUCAUUCUUUGGCAGAUGGAUUCAGCUCAUCAGGAUCACGAUGACAAGUGCAUUGAAGAGACAACUUCUGACCAGUUACUUCAUCCGGAUUCUCCUGAUAUAAAUGAUAUAUUUGGAGAACCACUCGUGCAUCCUCGAGUGGGUUAUGAGUAUCAGGUCGAAAUUCCUCUCAUGAUCACAGAAAGUGAGCGUGAUAAGCUUUUGGUGAACCCAGCUGAUGCAGAAGUCAUUGUCGAUGUUUCCCAUUCCUUUCUAAUGGGAUUGCCCAUCCCUAUUGUGCAGGUUCUGGAUGAAGUAACUAACAUUAAAGAUGGAGGGAUUGGGUUUAAUAAUUCUGAUGAUUCAGUUAAUAAAAAUGGGCCCUUGGAAUCUAAAAACAGAAAAAGAAGCCAGAUUAAUUCAAAUAAGAAAGGUUCAAAACUCAAAGUUGAAUCUUUGGAUGUUAUGUUGAACCCUGGAAAGGAAUCAACAGCAACAAGCCCUGACUCCAAGGUGAUGGGAAGCACUGACCUGGAUCAAAUGCAUGGAAGCAAAAGUUACCUUACAGUUCCUGGUUCAUUAGGUGACUCUUGGAGUGAUAUUGAAGUGGAUAGUUUUAUCCUCGGUUUAUAUAUAUUUGGAAAGAAUCUUAUUCAGGUAAAAAGAUUCAUUGAGAGCAAAGGGAUGGGAGAUAUACUGUCCUUUUAUUAUGGGAAGUUCUAUAGAUCUGAUGGAUACCGUAGAUGGUCAGAUUGUCGGAAGAUGCGACGUAGGAAGUGUAUACAUGGGCAGAAGAUUUUUACAGGAUGGAGACAGCAGGAAUUGUUAUCUCGUUUGCUUCCCCAGGUCUCACAGGAAUGCCAAAAUACACUGCUGGAGGUCUCUAAGAGUUUUGCAGAGGGGAGAACUUCAUUAGCAGAAUAUGUCUCCAGUUUAAAAAUUACCGUUGGCAUCUGCAAUCUCAUUGAAGCAGUAGGUGUUGGUAAGGGGAAGGAUGGUCUUACAGGCAUUGUGAUGGAGCCUAUAAAGAUCCAUCAAUUUUUUUCUGUUCGUCCUGAAAUACCAAUUGGUAAAGCCUGCUCCUCUCUUACAUCCAGCGACAUAAUCAAGUUUCUCACAGGAGAUUUCCGUUUGAGCAAAGCUCGAUCAAAUGAUCUUUUCUGGGAAGCUGUUUGGCCCCGUUUGCUAGCAAGAGGGUGGCACUCUGAACAACCUAAGAAUGAGGGAUGUGCCAGCUCCAAACAUUCUCUAGUUUUUCUUGUUCCUGGUGUUAAGAAGUUCUCAAGAAGGAAACUUGUGAAAGGAGAUCACUACUUUGAUUCUAUUAGUGAUGUCUUGAGCAAAGUUGCAUCUGAACCAAAAAUUCUUGAACUUGAGGAUGAAGAAACUGGAGUGAGCAGCUGCAAGGAAGGAAAUGGAUGGGUCCCAGAGGCAAAGCUGGACAAUGACGAUCCAUCUGAUCAUCAACGUCAUUGUUACCUUAAACCCCGAGUUUCUACAUGCAAUCUGAAUCUUAUGAAGUUUACUGUUGUAGAUACCAGUUUGGCUUGUGGAGAAAAAUCAUCCAAAGUGAGAGAACUAAAAAGUUUGCCAGUUGAGAGUCUUGAGACUAUAAAUAAUUCCAACCUGACUAGCUCCAGAGUAACUGGGGGGGAUUCCUCCGAGGAUUCACAAGAUGAGUCAGACUCUGCUGAUAUGUCAUUGAAUGGUCAAAAGAAUACUACUAAUUCCAACCACGCCAAGGCCAUAUCUCAUAGUAGUAGUUUGACCCAAAGGGUGUCAACUAAUAGUCCUGAUGCUGCGAAGAAACUAGUGGAAAAUAACCAGGAUCAGAACACCAAUACAUCUGAUGACAAGCAUUUGCGGAGAAAUAUAAAGCACCAAUUUAGUCGGAGAACGAAAUCUGGUCAUUCAAACUAUUUAGCCCCCCUCAUUAAAAGGCGGAGAUUGACUGCUUGUGCUAAGGCGGAGACAAGUCGAGCGGAAAGUUUGUCGGUCGGCCCUCUGUCAAAACAAGAAAAAUCACAUUGCAUGUUGGGCUCAUCAGAGGCAAGUAAGAAUGAUGUUUCUCAAGAAGGUCCUUCUCCUCGGGAGAAGGCAUCAUCUAUUAGUUCUUCAGAUGGAGGCAGCCCAGAAGACGAGACAGUCAUUCUCGGUGGGACUUCUGUUGGUAUGGAUUUGUCUCAUGAGAAAAAUGAUAAACCUCAAACCCGGCCAUUGAUUGAUCUAAACCUACCACAAGUCCCAUCAGACUCUGAAAAUGGUGAACGACUGGCGACAAAUGUGGAAAAUAGCCAGGUCGCUUCAACUGCCAAUGGCUCAUGCUGUUCUUCUGAUAGAAACAUACUUAUGGAAGAUUCCAAGGCACUGAGAACCUCUGUCAAUGCUGGUAGUGCAGAGGAGCAGCCUAUCAUGAAACCCCAGAGGCAAAGCACAAGAAAUCGACCAUUAACCACGAAAGCAUUGGAAGCUCUUGCCAGUGGAUUCUUAAACACUAGACGCAAGAGAAAAGGCACAGAAGUUCAAGCAGAAGAAAACCCAAUCUUGAGGCCUUCCCGCAGGGCCCGCAGCAGAGUUACAGGAACUCCAAAUUGUGCUAAUCCUGGCACUGGGAUGAUGGAUUCCAAGGAAGCAAAUGGGGCGGAUGGAGUUUGUAAUGAUAACACAUAUGCUUGGAAAUUCUCUUGUCCAAACUGAAUAAAAGUGCCGCUCACUGGCUACUAUGGAUAUCUAAUACUGCCUAUCAUCUUGAAGUUUGGAUUUUCAAGGAUGAUUGAUAUGCUUAGGUGCUGGCUUGUCUAUCUCUGACUUGAGGAUGGGUUGUCAAAAAGCUCUAGAAGAACCACUGAAGCAGCUACUAUCUUCAUGGAAGAACACUUGCUAUGUCUAAUGCUAGCCUGGAGACAGUUACCUGUAGAUGAUUUCAUUUGCCGUGCAAAACAGGAGAGUGCCUUCUCUAAAAUCAGUCUUUUUCUACAGUCUUUACGACAUUAACUAGUGGCCAAUCUUAGACUGACCACAUCACAGUACAGAACAUCAUUACCAAAAAUAAAUUUCUGGGCAAAAGGAUGGAAGCUUCACUCUGCAUUGUGAUAAUGGUACUUCAUAAGUAGCAGCUUGUCAACUUGGAAUUUCCGUUGUAGAGGAACAGCUGUAGAGGAGGUGAGUCUGCUAUACAAAGUAUACAACAAUCUCUUUCAGUUUUCUAAUGGGUUGAAGUAUAUAUAGCUGGUGAAACUCGGAACACUAAAUUGUAAUCCUUUUUAAUCAUAGUCUGGUUCUUGAUUUGGGAAGAGGAUGAAAGCCUCAUCAAUUAAUGAAAUAUUGGGUAACUCAAGGAAUAGGGUCCUCCCCUCCCCUAUGACAGCAACUUGCUGUGGCUCUUCAUUGGAUUUCCAGUUUCAAGUGGUCAUUUUAUAAUCCAAGUUUCUGCAAUUCUUCAGUAUUGGAUGAUUCCUGUAAGUAUCUACUCUUGACAUAAUGGGUGUCCUUGUGAUUGUUGAGGAGGAUUUCUUCAUCUUCAAUGAUUUUUCUGACAGUUUCAUUUCUUUUAUAUAUAUACUUGUUAGAUGAAUCAAUUCAAGAACUGCAGGUGAUAUCUCACGCUGAAUCCAGUGGCUUCCAUUUCUUACACCCUAUUGUUCUGUACAUGGUUGACCUUUGUUGCCUGAAAUUUAUUAAUUAGUCCUGGUUUGUUCUCUAA